AUGGUCGACGAUGAUGGUCUAGUCCUACCGACUUCUGCUGGUCCGCCAGUGUAUCUCGCAAAUGGACAUAGCACGAACGGACCACCUCUCAUCCGGCAACUACCACCGGCUUUACCUCCCCGUAUCGUAAAAUCAGUCGAGGACGCAGAAGAAGAAGAUCGAAUGGCAGCUGAGUUGGAGCUCGAGAAGAAGAUCGAGAGAGAAAGGAUCGUUAAAGGUCUGAAUAAUGAUGAUCUCAACGCACUUUUACGCAUGUUCGAUAAGCAAGUACAAAACGUUCACAUCUGUACGCCAUCGGAACAACAUGAAAUUGCAGCAGGUCUUGAUAUGCAGCCCUCUGCUCAAGAAGAGUUUACGUUAGACAAAAUGAGGAGCAAUCUAGAGCGUUUCUAUGCUUCAGUUGGUAUGGGUCUGCUAAGAGCGGUGUUGGAAGUGCAGAGGAUACGGAAGUGGGAAGAAGGCGGGUCUCGAUCCCUUGUGGCAUUACUUGUAUACUCCCUAGCUUGGUAUAACAAUCAAAUAUUCACUACACUGCUUCUGUUCUUCGCUACUCUAAUCCUUGUACCAUCUUCUCGAUCUUACUGCUUCUCCGCUCCCAUGAACAGUGAUAUCAAAGAAGAGCAAGACGCAUCAGGUUUAUCGGCAUCAGAGGAUAAGGCGAAUAAAUGGGCAGAUUCAGUGACGCAAGUAAUCACUUCCUUUGCUACUCCUGGUGGAGGAGGCAAAGGAGGACAAAAUGUAGAGAAGCAAGUUACGGAAGAAGUAAAUGGAGUAAUAGUAAAAGACAUGCGUAAGAAAGAGGAUGUCAAUGAUAUGAAAGAUAAAAGCGAUAAAGAAAAAGCAAUUAUACUUUACGCUAGACCUACAAUGAGGAUCAUAGGUGGAUUGGCUGAUAAAUGGGAAAGGAUAGCAAAUGCACUCGAACCAACACCGCCGUUCGCACUCGAACCUGGUCGGAUGAGAGUAUUCUGUUGGCUUAUAGCACCGUUACUUCUUGUCUCAAUGUUCGUUUCUGAACGGAUGUUCUCUCGGGUGUUUGGUCUAUUAUUUGGUUUUGUGAUGUUUGGACAACCGAUAAUCAGCUGGAUCAAUGACGAGCUCAAUCGCCGGUACCCUCAUUGGUUCCAAACUAUCAUUCUCCAGUACAACAUACUGUCUGAUGUCCCAACAAAUACGCAACUUGUACUUCGUCUACUUCGAGACGCCGAACAUAAACGAAGACCGUUGCCUCCGCCACCCCAUAAAGAAGGUGACGCCGAUUCUCAAACUCCACCAGAAAGUACCGGAGAUGAUGAUGUUUCAGAUGAUCAAGCGCCAAAAGAGCAGACAAUGCAGAAAUCAAUGAGUCAAACGAAGGAGAAGGUGACUCAAAAUUUCCGGACCAAGAUUCGUCGUGGAUGGGAUAAGGCUGGUUGGCUGAAAGAAGAAUCCUUUGCUUGGAUCAGUGGACAUAAAACACCUGAUUAUGAACGUAUAGCCAAAACAACUUUGGACAAGCUUAAAGUCUCUCAUGAUGCGAAACCUGUUAAAGCAAUACUUCAACGCCUACCCAGUGGCGUGAACGAAAGCUCACCGGAUACUCCUUCCCGUUACUACGUUCAUCAUGUCAAACAUGGUCCGGGUCAUCUCAUCAUUCAUCCCCCGACUGUGCCUAUUCGGGGAGACGACCCAUUCACACCUGCUCGAAUCACCUUCACAACAAUUCGACGAGUUUCAGCAUCUAGGAAUAUUAGCGUAGAUCCAGAUGAAGAUUCCAAAAAGGGUAAUUUGACAGUCAGUAUCAAUGAUGUCGUAGCUCUCAAAAAGGAAGGUAUGAGUUGGCCAAGGCGAGCCAUAACUUCCUGGGCGUUAGAUACGCAGGGAGCAGGUGGGACAGGUCUUGAAAUUAAAAUUGUAAGAAGGGGUAUGCCACAGAUACAGAAUGCCAAUGAAGAAUCUGAAGAUGGACUUUUACAGAAGAAUACCGAAGGUAAAGAAGAAGUUAUCAAGUUGAAAUCUAUUGUAAGAAGAGAUGAGCUAUUCAGUCGUUUGCUAAGUAUAGGAGAACAAAGAUGGGAGUUGUUGUGA